UCUCCCAUGUUACACAAAUGUUAUACAAAAUUAUAAGAAAGAAGGAAAAUGUAAAUAGAUAGUUAAUGGUUAAAAUGGAUUCAAAGUAAUUUACUUGCCUUAAAAAAAAUUGACUUUUUUAACUGGAAAAUUCGGGACUUAAAAAUAAACUAUUCCGCUAAAUUGUAACGUAAAACUUAAUGUUGGCAAAAAUUUUAUCGAAAUUAAAAUUCGGACAAAUUAACUAAUUACUACAAACGAUAAUAAUAAUAAUGUUAUAAAAAGUAACUCAAGGAGAAAUAAUUCUCAAUAAAAUUCUCACGAACUUAGCUAAAUUUAAAAACAUAUCAAAAUGCAGUCCCAUCAAGAUACAUUCGGUUCAGAUGCUCUGAAGAAUCGCGGACAUCGUCGUUCCGAUACUUUGGGCAAAUCCAUGCCUAUAACCACUCUACUCCUCAACUAUACACCUUCCAGAUUGCAGAUAUCAGAAAAUAUACGCAGCGAUGGUGGCAUUGGUAAUAUCUCGCCAACACAACAAGAACUACCACCCUUGUACUUUCCCAUACAUGAUAUGUCACCCAAUCGUGAGGUGGAAAAUUUAAAAAAAACCUCUGAGCACAAGCAACAAAAUUUGGAUACCGACGAUGAGUUGGACCUUUUAGAACUGGAAUAUGAGAUCUUAGUGUCGGAAUGCAGCAGUAGCAAUGGUGAGUCAGAUCAUGGAGGUGAUCGUCGAAAGUCCAACUCUGAGGAAUAUAUAUCGCUAAUAGGAAAUUCAAAAUUUUAUACUCCCUGUUUGACCUGUGUUGGCUCUGCACCUACUGAAUUGACUUCACGGCCAAGUGCCAUAAAUGAAAUGUGCAGGCGUCUAUGUACCGAAGAAUGUCGUUUGCGUUUGAGUUUGGCGGGACUGGUAGCACCGGGUAACACUGAAAGGAUUUUAAAUAAUCGCGAGUUAUUGGGUGAAUACGUAAAGAGUUCUAUGGAGAAACCUAUUGAUGAAAUUUAUGAUACACCACCAAAAUUACCACCUCGGCCGGUAAAGCAUGAAGAAUUGUUGGUGUUGCCACUAGAAACUAAACCACCAGCAUUGCCCCUACGGCCUCCCGGUAAUAUUGCCAUACAGCGUAAGAAAUUUCUUACAAACAUUUUAAUGCAAAAUGCCAACAUGAGUAGUGAUGAUGAGGAGUUGGAUAAGCAGCAACCACCUAAAGAAUUGCUAGAAAUAGUGACCAGGAUAGUUGUGCCACCACCACCACCAGCAACUACACCUUCCACAUCACCAUUACCCAUAUUAUCACCAAGUGACCAAGAUGUAGAAGAAACGCAUGCAAACAUACAAAUUGAUGCACACGAGUUGGAAAUGCUCAAGGAUUUUCGUGAGAAAUUUGAAAUAGCGGAAGCACUUGCCAAGACCUCGGCAAUGACCUCAACAUCAAAAAUAAAACAACGUCUGGCCGCUCGUAAAGUGGAAAUUGAAAUGGAGAAUGCUAAACAUAAAAAUCAAACUGAAAAUACACAUGAUGCAUCCAACACCUCGUCUGUCGGAGCAGUACAUGACAACUAUAAACAUAAAACAGGUCUAGCCAGCAACGAUGUUGGCGAUGAUGAUGAUAAUGAUAAUAAUAUUGGUGGCAGUUGUAGUACAGACGAUGUGCAAGGUGUGCCCGAUGCCGUUACAAAACAAAAUUUGAGUCAUAAAAUUCUAGACACUGUGUCUCCGUACCACGAUAAUGAUUAUGAACCACCACGCGAAUUGCUACUCUACCUUGUAAGAAUGGGUUCAUUUAAUUCGGCCCCAAAAAUUAAUAAUUCCGAUUGCCAAGAUGAUAGUCUGCAGAUACCCAAAGGUCUGAGUACGCCAGAGCUUUUACAACAUUGCAAACAUUUACGUGGGGAACAUCAACCGCCACUCCUAACGCGUUUCUUUUUGAAACCCUUGUCCACUCUAUCUGCUCAAAUGGUUUCAUCAGACAUAACAGAUGGUCUGCGUUGUCUCAAAUUAGAUACUGUAUCUCGAGUAUGCAGUGCUCCCUUAUCUGAUCCAAAUCACAUACGUUUAUUGCAGUGGAAUCUUUUAUCACAAACUCUUGGUCAAAAUAACGAUGGCUUUGUACGAUGUCCCGAAGAGGCUUUAACUUGGGAAAAUCGUAAAUUCCUAAUAGUACAAGAAAUUUUACAAAACAAUCCCGAUAUAGUCUGUUUACAGGAAGUCGACCAUUACAAAUUCCUUCAAAGCAUUUUGGGUACACAAAACUAUGAAGGUAUUUUCUUUCCUAAACCCGACUCGCCUUGUCUCUACAUCGAGGAGAACAAUGGACCAGAUGGCUGUGCCAUUUUCUAUAAACGCGAUAAAUUUGAAUUGAAGAAUUUCGACACGCGCAUUUUAGAAGUCUGGCGAGUACAAAGUAAUCAGGUGGCCAUAGCAGCCAAUUUAAAACUUAAAACAACGGGGCGUGAAAUUUGUGUAUGUACUACACAUCUGAAGGCCCGUCAUGGCUCCUUACUUUCGAAACUUCGCAAUGAACAGGGUCGUGAUUUGAUACGCUUUGUUAAACAAUUUGCUGGCGAUCGAGCUGUAGUGUUGUGUGGCGAUUUCAAUGCUGAACCCAUUGAGCCUGUAUAUUCGACAAUUUUGAAUUGUGAAUUCUUGAAAUUAUCGAGCGCCUAUUCGGACAUACGAGCUGAGAGUGACGAAUGCAAUAAUGAAAGUAUAAGCAAGGAUAAAUUGGACAAUUGCGAUAAAGUGCAAAAGUCCAUACAAAAUGAGCCGCCAUAUACCACCUGGAAGAUACGUGAGGAUGGUGAAGUAUGUCAUACAAUAGACUAUGUUUUCUAUACCAAGGAUAAUUUGAAGGUGAAAAAUUGCUUAGAAUUCCCAGAAGGUGAUGAAAUUGGUAAAAACCGUACACCCAGCUUCCAGUAUCCCUCGGAUCAUUUCUCUUUGAUUUGUGAUUUUGAAAUCAUUGAUCAGCAGCCAAAUGGUGUCACACAAGAGAAAAGCAAAACUCAAUGAGUUACGGAGAAGAGUGAAUUUAAUUUUUUACGUUUUAAGUUUAAAAAUGGGAAUGAAAGAAUCGAAGUAGAAUAAGAAUUUUUGAUUAUUUGAUUUUUAUUUUUAUUUUUCGCGUACACAUCACACAUUUUACUUUACUUGCAACAAAUAUAAUACAAUAAUACAAAAACACCCUACAUACAUAAAUACAUACAGACAAACACAUAAACAUCCAUAAAUACAUACAUACAGAUGCAGAUUCACUCUUAAAAAUUGUGAUAUUAGUUUUUAGUUUACAUACUUACAUACAACAUAUAUUGAUACAUUGAAAUUUAUAUCGAGCCCUAAAAGCGAAAAAAGCUAAAGUGCAAGACAUAUAACCUUACAGGAGAAGCUAAAAUUGCCUUUGCUUUAAAAUGGUAACCGUGCACAAAAAGUAGCACCUAUGAAAUUUUGACAGAUGGUGUAAAUAAUCCUAAAUAUAUUGUUGCAUAAGUUAUUUUAUCGCAUAUAAAACUCGAAUUGGUUACAUACAUGCAAAAAAAAAGAAACUUACAUGCGACACUAGUUAUUCUUUUGUAGUUUAUUUUAAAUACAUAUUUUGUGUUUUUAUUAACGAUUGUUUUUUUUAUUUUUUUGUUUUUAUAUUUUAAUUUUCUAAUACAAGACAUUUAUCAAUAACUUUUAUAGAGGUAAUAAUAAAAUAAAAAGUAAAAAACAAAUGUUUUAUAAA